CUGAAGAAAAGCUGACAGCUUCAUUGCUCAGAUAUACAAAGAAAAAAAAUGUGGAUAUAUUUCUGAAAUAAGCAGGAACCUUAAAGGAAUAUUAACAGAAAAGAGAAAUGCACUUGGGUUGAUUUCAGUUAUUCGCUGAGAAAUUGUAUUUUUAUUCCAGCAUAAUCGUUUCCUCAUAAGCUACGCAGUAGUAAAAUCCAAGGCGCUCAUUAUGUUACAUGUUACAUUAGGCGAUGCCUAAUGUCGUUUUGCCAUAAAUCUAUUUUUAAAAGGACCAGAUCGGAAGAUAUCCAGCUUAAGCGGGAGAUGGGAAAUAUUCUGAGGUGUAUAUACUGUCAUCGAUCCGCUCCUCCUCCUCCUCCUCCUCCUCCUCAGUUUUUUUUCUAGUUCAUCGCCUCGUUUAGCGUAAUACGAGUUAACUCUGCUGGUUUGAAAUUUUACAGUCGCCACAGCAAAAAUGUCUUGACCAAGAGCAGAAGUGACUGUGACACGUACCUGAUAGAUAAAAAGAGUGUCGUUAGUGUGUCGAUAGAUCGCCGAGUGCAGGCUUAUAGAUGCACAGGAACCUAUUUGUUUCUCAGCCCUUCUGACAGCCAUGGGUCCCUGGAUGCUGCUGCCUCUACUCGCCAUUGUGAAAAGCAGCCAGGCGGCAGACACCGAGGAGCGAUUGGUGGAGCACCUCCUCAACCCCGCCCACUACAACAAAUUGAUCCGGCCGGCGGCCAAUGGCUCUGAGGUGGUGACAGUGCAGCUCAUGGUGUCGCUGGCACAGCUUAUCAGUGUGCAUGAGCGAGAGCAGAUAAUGACCACUAAUGUCUGGUUAACGCAGGAAUGGCAGGACUACCGACUGACGUGGGUCCCGGAGGAGUUUGAUGGCAUGGUGAAGGUCAGACUUCCCUCCAAACAUAUCUGGCUGCCUGAUGUGGUGCUUUAUAACAAUGCUGAUGGGAUGUACGAGGUGUCCUUCUAUUCCAAUGCACUGGUCUCCUAUGAUGGCAGCAUUUUCUGGCUACCUCCUGCCAUCUACAAGAGUGCCUGCAAGAUUGAAGUGAAGCACUUCCCGUUUGACCAGCAGAACUGCACCAUGCGCUUCCGAUCGUGGACGUACGACCGCACAGAGAUCGACCUGGUCCUCAAGUCUGACGUGGCCAGCAUGGAUGACUUCACACCCAGUGGCGAGUGGGACAUCAUCGCCCUUCCUGGGCGGCGCAACGAGAACCCGGCUGACUCCACCUACGUGGACAUCACCUAUGACUUCAUCAUCCGCCGCAAGCCACUCUUCUACACCAUCAACCUCAUCAUCCCCUGCGUGCUGAUCACCUCGCUGGCCAUCCUGGUCUUCUACCUGCCCUCGGACUGCGGCGAGAAGAUGACGCUGUGCAUCUCCGUGCUGCUGGCCCUCACCGUCUUCCUUCUCCUCAUCUCCAAGAUCGUGCCGCCCACCUCGCUGGAUGUGCCGCUGGUGGGGAAGUAUCUGAUGUUCACCAUGGUGCUGGUGACCUUCUCCAUCGUGACCAGUGUGUGCGUGCUCAAUGUGCACCACCGCUCACCCACUACGCACACCAUGCCCCCUUGGGUCAGGACGGUCUUCCUGGACAAGCUGCCCGCUUUGCUUUUCAUGCCCCAACCCAGAAACAGCUGUGAGCGUCAGAGGCUAAGGCAAAAGCGCCGGGCCAAUGAGCAGCGAGAAGGGGGUGGGGUCGGGCCGGGCUUCUCCAAUGAGAGCGGGGAUGCCUGCACCUGCUAUGUGAACCGCGCCUCGCUGAAGCAGCUGGGGGGGGAGCCCGGCGGAGGGGGCAGCAGUUCCGCCGAAGGGCUCGUGGGACACAGGGAGGGGAGGGAAGGCGGCGCCUCCACCCCCACACAUCCCCCCAGCCUGACCCCCCCUCUCACACAAGCCCUGCUGAGCCAGGCCUGCCCAGGAUUCGAGGAGGCUGUGGAGGGAGUGCGGUUCAUCGCCAACCACAUGAGGAAUGAGGAUGAUGACCAAAGCGUGAUUGAAGACUGGAAGUACGUCGCCAUGGUGAUCGACCGGCUCUUCCUGUGGAUCUUCGUGUUCGUGUGCGUCUUCGGCACAGUGGGCAUGUUCCUGCAGCCGCUCUUCCAGAACUAUACAGCCAAGACCAUAUCGCACUCACCCGGCUGAUCCAUGCGGGCGUUCUGGACACUGCCCUAAAUAAAUGCUGACCUGGCUGGAGGGUGCAAAAAAAAUAAAAGAUGGCCCCCACCUGAACAGAGUCGUUUUUACCCAUUAUUGACCUGGACUGAUGGAUGUUCAUCCUCACAAAGAUUUAUAUAUAAACUCUCAAUAAACAGUCAAAAUAUAAGAACAAGUGUUUUGGAGGCGUUCCCAAUCCAUUUUCUCCCACUUCAAUUUUGAAACAUGUAAGCAGAAGUAAAUCGAGAAGACAGGACACAUUUAUAUACUUUACUGACAGUCCUAUCAGCCAAUUAUAUGCUUCUGAUCGUCUAUAUCAUCAGGGCAUCCACCAGACCAUACCCCAGCCGCAAAUGCAGCCCGCUGCAAGAAAACACGCUUUGACAGCUCAAACGAAGCAAAAAAUAAAGAAAAAAAACAGUAUGCUCGUUGGUUUACUCUAGUAUUUCCUACCAUAGCACAACAGAGCACGUCAUUGUGUAGCCAUGUAUGUCACGUUUUUACCUUCCGUUAGCUUAUCAUAAAAUGUGUUCUUCUUAGAAAGAAAGUGAUGGAGAUAAUGUGAGUAGAUGGACGGUGCAUAUUUACACGAAACCAAUAUAUAUUACCUAUGAAGAGUAUUUUAAAUGUUCAGUUCAGUGAGUUGAUGAUGUGAGAGCAGCUAUCUGGUGCAGUUGUGGAGAGUGUGGGAUUGAGUUCUGGCUCAGCAUGUAUUUAGUGAGGAGUGAAAUAAAUGUAAGUAAUUAUGAUUAAAAACAAGCACCUAGAGAUCUGGAAAGUUCUAUGGAUGUCAAAUGUUUGAAAACCGAAUGGGGCAAACUACAUUUUUGUCAUAUCUCUUGUUAGCCUUAUAACAUAUAUCGUGCCCAGAUUCCUCCUUUCUCUGAUCCCUGUCCUUUUCUUGUAUUACAUGCCUCUAAUUAGGAUGCCUGUAGCCGUGGUGCAUGAAAAAUAAUGGAAAGUGCUGGAGGUUAUAAACUGUUCAAACCGUC